AUGCCGAGUCAAGAAGACCAACUGGCAGCAGAAGUGUUGGAAUCUCUUCGAGACAGUGCUAGAACCAGCGUUUCACCCCCACCGCCCCCUAGGGCUUCUGCAAAUUCAAACCCAACAAGCUCAUUACUUACAAAAGUGUCAUCGCAUCCUCUAGUGUCAUCAGCUGUCAAUAUUUAUAAUUCCUCAAAAUCGUACUCACCUCGAUUCAAGUACUCUGCUGAAAAGAUUGAGGCUGUUAUCAUCCCCAAAGGAGACCGACGUGAGAAAGACAGAGAUAGAAAUAAAGAAAAGGAAGGUUCUAUAUCUGGUAGUAGUACGCCAAAUAGUUCGCAUACGAUUAGCACCUCGGCAUCGUCAAGUUCACUUGCUUCUCUAAUGCGCACUUCUUCAACAUCUUCAACAACCUCGAACCCAUCGUCAGGCAAGCCAAAAUGGAGAAGGGUUUUGGUGACAGCUACAUCUCUUGCUUCAUUAUCGUCCGAAUCUCGUCAGAGGUUACGGUAUUGCCUUCGCUUUUUGAAACUAGCCAACGCUCACCUCGCUUCAAAAGUAAAUAUGCUCCAAGAACUAUUAGAUGAGGAAGCUGCACAUGCUAUGGCUCAACAGAUUGCUUCAAAUCAUGUUCCUGCAGACAGAAAACCUCCAAAGAAAUACACUAUUGCUGCUAUUAAACAGGAUAUCAUUACCACAGUUAAGAAAGUUGUAACUGUUGUUUCUAACUUUGCCGGAAACUCAUUACCUGAACCAGCAAGAACUCAUGUUCGUAACUAUAUUCUAAGACUACCUGCCAAAUGGGCUCUGACAUUAUCACAUACUCCAAGGACUCCACUCACACCAGGAACUCCAGGAACUCCAAGGGCCACAAUGAUGGCAGCCAGUUCAGGCAGCGCGUGGGCCACUGGUAACGCAACCAGGGCUACUGGAGCUGGUUUUCAUAAACGAAGCACAUCAGGGUAUGAGUUCAAUGGGGUUGGUUCUGAAAGUGACACUGAAAGUGUGAAUGCCCGCUCAGGUACUGCUGAAUCAGAGGCCUCUCCUGACCUCAAAUCCCCAGGGGCAGAAUCUACUGCUGCAACAAGUAUUCAUCUGACUGAGGAGCAGGUAGCAGCAGCAAGAGCUGCUAAUUUGGCCCACUCAGAUGUAGAGAUUGGAGGCAGAGUUCUAUCACUGGCAAGAGAAAGUCUAUUAAUGCUAGAUCAAAUUACAUCUAUUGUUGAUGAAACACUUGAGAAAGCUGAAAGCUGGUGCGAGAAGUUGGGUCGAUCUCGAAGAAAGCACGUUACGGGAGAGAACAAGGAUGUCAGCCUCGAACAAGACGGUGAGCCUUCUGACGACGAGUUUGAAGAAGAGGAUUCUAUGUCAAGAGAUGAAGGUUUACCAGGUACGUCUGCAGCUCCAACAUCCGCAUAA